GGCCUAGCCAGAGCGUUCAUAGAGAUAGUAUACCUCAGUGAGCCAGAGAGGUUUCGAACUUUAAUUUGCAUAGUAUUACGCACCUAAUAACAUAACUAGCUACAAACGUGAAACGACCAUUUUAAAAAAAGAAGAGGGAUACAGCUAAUUCAAUAACAUGGAUUGUGAGGACAGUGCCAGCAUGUCUCUUCCCCACCACCCUGAUCCCGAACGUACAGAGUCACUGGGUCCUGAUUGUAACAGUGGAACUCUUGCACUGUUGCUGGAAGACUGCAUUAAUCUGCUGGGGACAAAUGCAGAGUCUAUGAAACUGGAGGAGGAUUGUGAGGACAUUUCCAGCAUGUCUCUUCCCCACCAACCCGAGCCCAAUAUGCCCCUCAAGUGGGUAACAGUACUGCUGCAAGACUGCAGGAAAUCACUGAGUCCUGGCUGUAACAGUGGAGCUCAGUGGACACUACUGCCUCUCAAGAGAGUUAGAGUACAGGUGGAGGACUGCAGGAAGAAGCUGGGGCCAAAUGCACAAUCUAUACAAGUUGAGGUUGUUGAUAGCAAAGGAUCAACUCAUCCAGCCCAAGACCCCCUCCCUCACACAGGUGUAAAGCCCAACCAACAUGGAGAGCUUGGAGAGAAUUCAUCUGCAUCAACCGAACAUGGAGAGAUCUCUGCUCCAGGAGAGCUUGGCGAGAACUCAUCUGCAACAAAUCUUAAACUAAAGGAUGCCGACAAAACAAAAAGACCUCACCACUGCUCUCAGUGUGGUAAGAGUUUCAAAACAUCAAAUGAUCUUAAAGUACAUCAGAGAAUUCACACUGGAGAGAAGCCUUACCACUGCCCUUAUUGUGGAAAGGAUUUUGCUCAAACUGGUUAUUUUAAUGUGCACCUGCGACAGCACACUGGAGAAAAGCCUUACCAAUGCUCUGAAUGUGAUCAAUGUUUUUCACGUCCUGACAGUUUUAAAUUACACCAAAAAGUUCACAUGAAAAUUCAUACUGAAAAGAAGCCUUAUUACUGCUCUGACUGUGGGAAGAAUUUCUCUCAGGCGAGUUACUUUAAGAUACACCAACGAAUUCACACUGGAGAAAAACCCUUCCACUGCUCUGGCUGCGAGAAACGCUUUACUACAUCAGCUGAAUUGAAAUUGCAUGAGCGGGUACAUUCAGGAGUUAAACCUCACCACUGUGCUGACUGUGGGAAGAGUUUUUCUGUACUUUCUCGAUUACGAAGACAUCAACUUACACAUACUGGAGAAAAACCUUUCUCCUGUCAACAGUGUGGAAAAGGUUUCCCUGAGAAAUUUAGUUUACAAACACACCAGCAAAUACACAUAGGAGAGAAGGCUUUUAACUGCUCUGACUGUGGGAAGAGUUUUACCUUAAAACGUUACUUAACAAUUCAUCAAAGAUCACACACUGGACAGAAACCGUACAAAUGCACUGUCUGUGGGAAGGAAUUUGCACGAGGCAGCAACUUCAUAGCACACCAGCGAGUACAUACUGGAGAGAAGCCAUACUCCUGCUCCUUUUGUGAGAAACGAUGCUAUACAUCAACUGAUCUAAAAAUUCAUCAGAGAAUGCACACAGGAGAGAAACCAUUCCCUUGCCCURAUUGUGAAAAACGCUUCAGUGCAAAAGUUCAACUAACAGCUCAUCAGAGAGUGCACACAGGCGAGUUGCCCUACUCAUGCUGUGAAUGUGGGAGGGGCUACCCACACCUGCAAAGUUUGAAGUACCACCGGGAAAAACAACACAAAUUGAAAAUCUCACCACUGAAGAAGACGACUAAGAAGAACACAAUUAAAUAACAUGAUGUGCUACAUUUCUCAUUGCCAAUCCGAGCAAGACAUUGUUGAGUCAGUUGAUACUGGAAAGGGGCUUUGUAUCACAGUUAACAGUGUGAAUUGAGAUGUUCAGCAUUAGGAUCCCCUUCAUACACCGGAGAAAACCCUUGAAAGGUUUCGUUAUGCGUUGAUCUAUUCUUUGCUAUUUAGGUGGCAGUGUACGACACAGGGCCAGUUGCCCAGAAACUAGUCCCGGAUUAAGCUAUUUCAACAGAGAUUCUCCCGUUGCGCAAGAGGUGUGUGAAGAUGCUUAGGAAUAAUUUGUGCACUGAUUACAGACCAGUCAUGUAUAGCAGCAGGCUGCCCACUCAAUCAUAUUUCAAUCAGUAAUGUAUUGAUCUUUGCUAUGUACAGCCCUGCCUCAUGUAAGCAGUUACUAACAAGAUUUUCCUCAAUCUGCGCAUAGGAUAAGAUGGUUUCUUCCUGUGUUUGAAGCAUUCAAUGAAAAGAACACCUUCCCUACAAUCAAAGAUAGGGGAGGUUUGAUAAUGCUGUGGGGUUGCUUUGCUGCCACUGGUAUUGGGGGUUCUUGAGCGUGCGCAAGGCAUCAUGAAAUCCGCAGGUCAUCAGGUAUCCAAUGUUAAACCCAGUGUCCAAAAAUGUGGUCUCCAUUGAAGGUUGAGGGUGUUCCAGAAGUACAACGACCCCAACAAAAACACACAAAGCACCCAGGAAUGGUUCAAGAAGAGAGACUGUUCUGGAGUGGCCAGCGAAGAUUGCUGAUCUGAAUCACAACCAAAACCUAUGGCGAGAGUUGAAACAGAGGUUGCUGCAGGUUACCCUUCAAACAUUGAAGAAUUAGAGCACUUUGCUACUGAAAAGUGGGCCAAACAUCCAGUUGAAAGGUGCAGCAAGCUCAUUGAUGGUUAUAAUAAGUGUUUGUCUGCAGUUAACUUUGCCAAAAGAUGUGCAACCAAGUAGCUCCAGGGUGUCGAUGCCAUUUGUCCAUGCCAUUUGUCUUUUAUUUUCUCAAUUAAAAUUGUAAAUUUAAGUUCACAACAAAAUUGGUUCUGCAAAUGUUGAAAAACCAAUAAACUGUGGCCAAAAGUUAGGGAGUUAUUUGAAGGCCCAGUGCAGUCAGAAAAGUGAUUUUCAUGUGUUUUAUAUAUAUUUCCACACUGAGGUUAGAAUAAUACUGAAAUUGUGAAAAUGAUAAUGCCCUUUUAGCGUAAGAGCUGUUUGAAAAGACUGCCUGAAAUUUCAACCUGUUUUAAUGGGAUGGAGUUCUGGCCUCUGGUGACAUCACCAGGCAGUAAAUGAGUUAAUAGACCAUUAAGAAAGAGUUCAAAACCUCUCUGCCGAUAACAGCUAGUUUUCAGUUUUACACUCUUAAUUGGUACUUAAUUUUUAUCUAGAAAUGUGAUAUUGAGAUAAAAACGGAUGCAAGGAUGCCAAUAUAUUUGUCAGAAACUGUGCUGUACAAUAUUCAAAUCCUGCUUUAUGUGCCCUCUUGACUCCUGAAAAUGUUAGUUAUUUUGCU